CCUAAACAUCUGGGGCGGAUCACGAAAUUGUUACCAAGCACUUAUAACGGCAAAUCCUCCGAUCAUUCAGUGAGGGUCUUCCCCGUCAACAAGUAAACAAACCAGGCUUUGAAAUUUUCGGUACAAGAGGUCGUCAUCUUGUCUUCAUCUAUAUAAUUCCUCCUAAGGUUCGAGGAAACCGAAUAUAAGAGUUCUUUUCCAUUAUCUUGUUGACUUAUACCCGGGCUCUUCCUUGGCAACGACAGCAUCAAAACACAUAACGAUAAUCAACCGCAGCCAUGUCGAUAAGGAUAGCUCUCGAAAACCCUCCCGAAUUCUACACAAACCUGGACAUCAUCCGCGGCCAGGUCGUCCUCACUCUCAGUCGUCCAGAGCAGAUUGGUGGCAUCAUCGUCAAGCUUGAGGGUGAAGCCAAGUCGGCCUUGGGAGUACCCGCCGAUGGCUCAGGGACGGGCAUCGCUCAGAAGGAGCGCACUCCAACGGGGGAUGUUAUCUACGAGAACCACAAGAUCCUAUACAAAGUCACCCAGGCCUUCCCCCCCGACGAGAAGAGCAACGCGUUGCAACAGCCCUAUGUCCUAGCCGCCGGCCAACACAGAUUCCCUUUCCAGUUCAAGGUUCCCUUCAACAAUGCUUGCGGUGACCCUGUCGCCAUGGCCAAACUCGGAGGCCUCUCCGGUGCUGGUGGAAUAGCGUCAGGUGCUGGCUUGUUCGGUCUCGGUGGCAUUCGUGUUAUGGACGGCACCAAGCAGCUGAUGUACUCCCAUGUCACAAAGACGCUCCCACCCAGUUUCACCGGAUUCCCAGGCCAGUGCGAGAUCCGGUACUAUGUCAAGGUUACCAUUCAGAGACCGGGUAUUUUCAAGGAGAACUGGAGGAUGGCGACCGGCUUGAAAUUCCUUCCCAUUGAGCCUCCAAGGCCGCCCAAGACGAACCACGAAGCCUAUGCCAGACGACCCUUCACAUUCCGUCCACGAAGCCCAAUGACAAACGCGCCUUCAAAGAAACGGGCUUCUUUCUUCAGCGGGUGGAGCGGGAGUAGCAACGCAGGGUCAUCUUCAGCCCCAACAACGGCUGACGGGAAACUUACAACUGAGCCCGAAGUGCCUCCGUCGAUAGAGAUGUCCGCUCGACUUCCCCAUCCUGCCAUCAUCACUUGCAACCAACCGAUCCCACUCCGUCUCAUUGCAAAGAAGCUUGCGGGAUCAGACGCAGAGAUCUUCCUAACGGCCAUCCAGAUCGACCUGAUUGGCCAGACGGAUGUCAGAUGUCACGAUCUGAUCAACACAGAGACCAGUCGCUGGGUGAUUGUAUCACGACAGGGACUCAGCAUUCCCGUCUCGAGACUCGGAGACGCUGUGGGGACAGAAGUGGUCCUGCCAAACGACAUCUGGUGCAACCAACCCUUACCAAACACCAUCAUGCCGAGCUUUGUCACAUGUAACCUCAGCCGUGAAUACCAACUCGAAGUCAAACUCGGUCUCUCCUGGGGCAAACCCCUCGCCUCUGGCUCCCACGCCCACGCCAGCACCUCCCUCUUCGGCCGCAACAAGCACGAAGGCGCCGACCUCGCCCAGGAAAUCCACCUCCCGCUGCACUUCUCUUCCGUAGAAGUCUACUCCGGCAUCGCCCCGCCCGCCGCCCUCAUCGAAGCCAUGAAGCAAGGCAAGAACAAGCGUCCUCAAUCCCGGCGUCCACCAUCGCAACCAGCGCGUCCCACCACCUCCUCCUCCGCCGAAGCCGGUCCUUCAACAGCGCCACAGCAACAGCCGCCAGCCCUACCCCCACGAACUAACACCGCCCAACCACCACCCGCCUUUUCAGGAGUGGCAGCUGGAGUGGUACCGCCGCCAGCAGACCCCUUGUACCCGCCGCAACUGGCGCCAGGACAGGAAGAGCCGCCGUAUGACGACGCGCCGCCGAGCUACGACGAGGCGAUGGCGGAGAUGAUGAGUGGGCCGGUGAUUCCGGAUGGAGUGCCCAGGCCGGCGUAUAGCGGGGUGACGAAUGAGAAUGAGCCGAGUACGCUGCCUGCUGUUGGGAAUGAGAAGAGUUAGUUGGGGUGUUGGUCGUGAUCGUUGGGGUUGAUCGGCUGUGAUGUUACUGGAAGGGAGGAGAGAUAGGGGAGAAGAAAGGGGGGAUGGAAGCUACAGGAUGGAGGGGAGAGAAGUCGAAGGGAAGGGAAAGAGGAGGGUGAAGGACGGAGGUUUUUUUGACUUUAUGAUAUCCAACUUUGUGUUAAUAUGGUUUUAGAGUGGUGGAUCCAAGCAGGUCGAAG